AUGUCCUCAUCUGCGGUUUAUUAUAAUAAUUAUAAUUACGGUGCUGCUGUUACUGUUGCUCCUGCUUCUAAUGGCUACGGUUAUUUACCACCAGCUCUACACCAACAACAGUAUCAAGCUCCAGUACACUAUGUUCCUACUGGAAGCGUUGCUACUAUUCAACAACAAAAAUCUGAAGGCGGUGUGGCAGAGUAUGUCGAUUAUAAUUUUGAUUUGAUGACAGACUUUGUUGUUCAAAAUGCUUGUUUGACCUUUGACAGGGAAGAUGCUCUAUGCAUCACCUCUUCUCUGUAUGCGAAAAAGGCAGCCGGUGAAAAGAGUAUUUUAGAAAUUUUUACCAGUGGUGUUAAUUUUGUGUUGAAUUCUAUUAGGUUGCCCUCUGUUUCAAUUUAUUUGGCAUUGGAUUACUUAUCCAAGUAUGUUUCCAAAUUUAAAAAUAACAAUUUGGAUGCUAUUGGUGGUAACAGCGAAAGCGUGAUUUAUCAAAACUUGAUAAUCGCUUUAAUUUUGGCUAAUAAAUUUUAUGAUGACAAGACUUUUACCAAUAAGUCAUGGGCUCAUGCUACCGGCGUGGAUCUAAAAGUGAUCAAUAAGAUGGAAAGAGAGUGGUUGGAAGUUUUUGACUGGAAAUUGUUCGACGAUAAGUUUGUUUUGUACGAAGAAUAUUGCAAAUCCUUUGAAAUUUUUUGCUUGGCAACUGUUACCAAACAGGCUGCUGAGUUGGCUCAAAUCACUACUAAUAUGAAUGAUGAGUGUAAUAACGGACCUUUUUAUGAUAACAAGGUUUGUUAUGGUAGUACGAAUGUGAAAUCUUCCUACCAGACCCCUGUUAAAUUGCCCUCCAUAAUGUACAAUAACAGUACUAAUUAUUACAGUUACUCUUCUCCAAAUUGUUCGAGUGAUUUUGCCUCGCCUGUUUCAUCCAUUUAUUCCACCAAUGUUGUUUCAAAUAAUAAUGGUAACGAUAAUUAUGGUUGCCCUAGCCAAAAUCUUUUCUCUAGUCAACAACAGCAACAGUAUGCCUCUCAAUGUAAUAGUAUUGGUACUGAAGGCUAUUACACUAACAUUGACAAUGGCAUAAAUAACAACAUCAAUCACAAUAACAGUGGUUAUUAUUAUUAUUAUAAUAAUGGUAACAACAUUAGCAAUGUUAACGCUUAUAAUAUUAACACUGCUGAACCACAACAAAUGUUACAAUUCACCCCACAAUCUCAACAACAAUAUUAUUAUUAA